GCCAUUAAAACUAAUGAAUCACAGGAGGUAUGAAAUUCUCAGUCCGAUCGGAGCAGGUUCCUUUAGCAAGGUUUAUGAAGUAUGGGACCACAUCAGGCAUAAAAAGUUCGCAUACAAAGUAGAAAAAAUAUCUCUAGAUGAAGCAAGAGCAAGCGUACUUCAUCAGGAGUAUGAGAUGUUGAGGGAAAUACAGAUUUUAGGAGACUGUGCUCACAUCCCUGAAGUCUACGAUUAUGUAGAGAAAAUUAUUUCAAAUGACGAUAAAGAGAAAGAAGGAGACUCUAAGUCUGACUACACUUGUGCAAUAGUGAUGAAGCUAAUGUGUGCUAGUUUGGCCAGAAUUAAAUAAGAGAUUUCUAGAUAAAUGGCUUGUCCCAACUGUAGAGACUAUUAACACACAUCCUGAUGAAGAUGAGUCCAUCAAAGUUGCUUGCAUGUACAAAUCAAGAAGCUAUGCUGCUAGACUUCUAAUGCAAAUGCUCGAGGCGAUAGAGCAAGUUCAUCGGAAAGGAAUCGUGCAUCGAGAUGUUAAAGCGUCUAACUUUCUUAUCGAUUCUGAGCUUAAGACUGUCUACCUCUAGCGGAUUUUGGGCUCGCUAAGAGACAUAUAGAUUUGAAUACUGGAGAAUUUGUUCAUAAUAGAUCACGUACUGAAUUCAGGGGGACUAUUUCCUUUGCCAGUUUGAAUGCUCACAACUUGAAAGAAUUAGGAUUCUGAGAUGAUCUAUGGAGCUGGUAUUAUGUUCUACUCGAGUUCUUUGGAGAAAAACUACCUUGGAAAUAAAGAUUCUUACGAGAUUGAACAUGUUAAAGAGUUGAAGGAACUAUCCCACAACAAACCUGAUGGUUCUCUGUGGACUUCUAUAACCAAUGAGUUCAGAGAAAUUAGAGAGAUAUUUGAAUACAUUAAAAGCUUGACCUUUGCAGAUAUCCCUGAUUAUGAUUACAUUUCUUUCCUAUUAAUUUAAAAUAGUAUCAUAUUGUGAAGCAAGAAUCGCAAUGAAGGACUACAAAUUAGUCAACUCACAUGAACAAGAACAGCAACCCAAGUUCAGAAAAUACAAAUAGUGAAGUGGAAAAUCCUGAAGACGAGCUUGAAAUUAUUGAAGAAGUACCAAUACCUGAACUGCUGAAUGCUCCUUUCAGAGAACAUAUUUUAAAUGAAUUCUUUUACUAUGAAAAGAGCCAAGAUGAAAUUCUAAGCUAUACAGCUUUAAUUCCGACUAUUAUGACUAAUAAAAUUAUUCCCAUUGAGAAUGCAUUUUACUACAAUUUCUGGACUAACUGAUCCAACAUGACGAAGGGUUGCCAAGCUGAGUCUGAAGAUCUUCAGCUUGAGACUUUAAGCCAGACUGAGGAAAUAAAAAUUUCUGAGGAGAAUUUAAAACAAGAAUCAUUGAAACUCAAGGAUAUUUCCGAGGAAAAUUCAAGUUUUCAAAUUGAGUGUUUUUCCCCAACAAGUUCUUGUCAGAAAGAUUUUGGUAACAAAGACACAAUUGAUGAUGAAAGUGAGGAAGAUUUUGAUAUGAUCAAAAUCAGUACCGAAAAGUCUGAGACGAAAGGGUUUCUCCGCAUCAUUAAGAACUGAGACUAUGAGUCUUAUAACUCAUGAUCCGAGGACAUAGUGAAAGAGCCUUCCCCUAUUUGUAACUUAAAUUUUGGGUAA